AUGUCAGGAAAAGGACAAUUAGACAAACCGAUAAAAGAAAGAGAACCCCCUAAGGUUUCCGUGGACAGCAGGAAUUCAACGGUUCGCAAGCGAAGUACUCUUAUUUCUUCAGAAUCAAUAAUUUUACCUCGGAGUGUGUCGGAAAGUCCAUAUGAAUCGCCUUCGGGACGUGAUGUGCCGAAUUCUAUUUCGCCAUCGGAAAGUGGCAGUGAUGCUAAUUCCUCUCGUUCGCUUAAAGAUUCUAAUAAUUGGGUAUCAUCCGACCUUCCGUUACCAAGAAGUCAAGCGAAGUCUUCUGAUGACAACACUUCUAGUUGUUCAUCGGAUUUGCCUUCGGUGAUUUACAUCUCGUUGGCAGAGAUUUUGGUUCGGACGCCGCGCUCGAACGACACACCUAUUGUUACUCAGAAUGAUCAAAAACGUGAGAUCGAGGAUUCACAAAAAUGGACGAUGAGCGAUAAGGAAAUAAAUAAUGGCGGUUCAUCAAUCAUCAAGAAGAGCCAUGUGAAUGAAAUCCCAAGAAGAGGAUCUCAGGCGACCACGUUUUCAUCAUCAUCACACUUUGAAAAUAAUGAAGGAUCAAGAGUAAGAAAUCGCGGGAGGCCGAUUCUACCGAAUGCUCCAGAAUCUUCAAUAACAAAAUCACUACCACCACCCAUUACCAUUCCUGGUAGCCUUGGAAAUUUCUCACAUCCAGUUCGGAUCCCAGGAUCUGAAUCACUGGAGAGGGCGAUCGUGAAAAAACAAAAACAACUCAUCGAUCUGGUACUGUCGUUAUGGCCAAUAAUUCGACUGCCUCCUGCAAGACACAUCGCAACAUGUUUAUCUCCUGAGACAUUGGAAAAACGAAAAAUGUUUUCUUCGUUGACAGUCGGGGUGAUCGCAACGAAGAAUGGAAAACAAAUGGUCUCAUCGAUAACAAUAAAAAAAACGAAAUAUUCGAGUGUCAAUAAUCGUCAAGAACCAGUGUUGGUGUCGGGCGUAUGUGAUCCUCGCGAAUAUGUGAUCAAACAUUGCCCGACUUACCAGAAUCCUCCUUUGGAUAAGCGAUCUCCAGAUUCGGAGUGGACGGCAGAAUUUUUGUUGACCAAUGUGUUACCAAAAUUGGCGAGAGAAACCGAGAUUGUACAACAACAACCGGGCUUGUUGCUGACGGUCAAAGAGGUGAAGAUGAGGGGGUUGGAGAUGAAUAGUUUAUUCGAGUGUAGAAAGUGCGCAAAGAGCAAUUAUGAAAAAACAUUUGAUUACGUAGGAGUUAUAAAACACUUGCAAAACUCUAGACAUGGUUUCAAGACCAUUGACGAGGAAGAACACAUCAAGAUCAAUUUGAGAGCAUAUAUAAACGCAUUUUAUGACAACCUGCCUCCCAGAAUUAUCAGAGAACCGUUGGAAUAUUUGCGUUAUUAG